AUGUGUUCCCAAUGGAAAAUGAAAGAACCUGUAGAUCGACCUGUGGUUGGCGGAUUAAAUAGAUGUGUGGGGGUUUGCGGUGAUGAAGUUCGCCGAGCAGUUUGGUCCAGCAGCAACGUUGGUCUGAAUUAUCUGCACCUGGUUCAAUUGAUCCUGACUUCAGCUGUUGCCUCUUAUCCAACACUAGACCUAGGUCGGGAAUUCAUCCGGAGGCAGUUUUUUUAUCAUCUAUGGAUUUUGACCCAGGACGGUGCAUCGAGCAUAUCCAGCAAGCAGAUGGGUCACUUGUCUGAAGGUGCAAGAAGGCCGAAAGCUCCGUGGGAUCCGUUCAAAAGAGGGAGAUGGUGCAUCUACGUGGAUCCUGGAGAUGGUUGGGAUAUACUCUGAUGCUGGGAAGAACGAAGAUGGGACCUGGUGGUAGAGGAGGAGCGGUGCCUGAGGAGUGGGAGGGUGCCGGUCAGAAUUUAUGGCCGCUUUAUCACUUUACCGGCCUUCGCGCGUCUCCUUUGCCAGGGAGAACAGGGGAGAAUGAGAGAGAGAGAGAGGAGAGAGAGAGAGAGAGAGAGAGAGAGCGCAAGCCAGAGCAUGGGAGACAAUGAAAGGAGCAGAAGAGCAGGAUCUCAUAUUGAACUUUGGCACUCAUCUGGCUGCACUUGUGAUGCGGUGAGCUUGCGUAACUUUCAUGUUUACACGUAUACGCCCUACAUGUGACUAUAGACACUCUGAAUAUAUCCACCCUUAGAUAGUCGUUUAGAUUAAACUGUUGACCAACAAUUAUAUCAGAAAUUAUUAUAAUUAUUUAGACACAUCGAGCCACCAGUCUUUGAUAUGUUCAGAUAGUACUGAGGGUCAAGGGUCACAGAUAAAAUAGAUGCAUGUUAAUGCUAAUAGUCCCUUUAAAAUUUAUGUCUUUAUAGAGUAGAUGCAUGCUAACUACUUUUCACAAAUUGCUACCGUAUGUCUGAAUGGCUACUAGGAUUCAAGGGUAGGUCUUCAAUCCGCCCCAUGAACCACGAUGGACCUCAUAAAAUUUACGUCACUACCUGCCACCAAGAGGAGACUGCACGCGCCGCAACACAUAAAGUAACCCCCAUUAACAGACCAUAAAUUCCGUCCCGCGUUGCGUUAUGCCCACCGAUGUUAUGUAUGAGCGCCGUUAGUGUUAAUAGAGUGUUAACCGCCUCUACGCUGCUCGAUUCCGUUCAAGUAGCCAUGUUAGGGUGGGACAAGAUACUACGACUCGUUCACCAUAGGAUUCUGCGUGUAGAGCGUGCCGCGACUAGUGGCUGCGUUAUGCUAUUUUGCAUAGAAAAUGCAUCAAUUUUCGGCGGCUUCCCCGUAACCCCUUCUAUGGUCCAUGGAUGCAAACCCCUCGACUGCUUUGUAUAAUGUAAUUCAUAUCGAAGGUAAUUGAAUGUGUACCUACUGCAGCUACCCUGUACAAAUUAAACACCCUGUAUGGUUUGUCGAUGACGCGAUCGUGUUAUAUACUCCAUAUUUUCCGAUAAUUAAACGCGAUCAAUUAUAGUGCGGAGUUAUUGACACGUUGAGUUUCUCGGUUCUAUGAUUAUAUAUUUUACAAUCUGUUAAAAUAUAGUGUGGAACUUUUUUAAUGAAUUUUAUACAUUUUAUUAAUUAUGAAUAACAUUUUUGUCUUUUGAUUAUUUUUUAAAGAUUUAAUUAUAUUAAUUAGGACUUAUAAGGGGAAACAAGAUGAAUUCGAUAGUAUAAAUUAUUAUGCAUAAUAUAUAAUAUUAAUAAUAAAUGGUAUCAGAAAAUUUAUACAAAUUGGAUGAAAUAUUAACAGCUAGAUUAAUUAUUUGGUUAUUAGUUAAUUAGCAGAUAUCGAAAAAAAUAUAUAUAAUUGAUUGUACCGUUCGAUUCAGUCGAACAUUAAAGUAUUAAAUUAUUAAUUGUUUCACAUAAU